CAUCACUAGCUCUGCAAACUGUGAAAGCUGUCAACGUUCAAUUGCUUCGAUUGAAUUUAAAACUUACAAAAUUUCUGUGAGCUCAAGUUAUAUACAGCAAUCCAAAUAUCACUCGAGCUCAAUACAAUUCAACAUGUUUCUCGAUGCUUAUGGCGCGCCCAAAGAUGUGACACCCGACAACCUGCACGACUAUACAUACGAUUUGCAUGGCGUCAUGCUGCUGACAUCGGCCGACUAUGAGCUCUUCAUACCGCCACGCUGGCAUGGCACUAUCUAUAGCACCGAGGAGCUGUUGGAUAGCUAUCGCAAGCGCUUCAAGCCCGACUCAGCGCUGUUGACAUUUCACGCCAUGGAACCGUACGAGCCGGAGCUCAUCUGCUGCGAGCGUUGUGUGGUUGAGAUCACGGCACUGCCUGCUGGCCAAACGCUGUACAGCAGCUCGGAAAUCGUCGUGUUUCUGGUCAAAAUCUAUGAGGUGAAUACGCUGAUCACCAAAGAGCUGGGCACCGAGCUCAACUUCUUCCCCAGCAACCAUCACUACCAUGUUCGCAUCAUGAACGAGGGCAUCGACAUACUCUAUGUGGACGACAAAAUCUACACUGGACAGGUGGGCUCUGGCGUCAGCUAUCAGCAUCAGUGCGUCCAGAAUCUGUUGAAGAAACUGCAGCCGUUGGGCGUGAAAAGCCUCUCGGGCAAGCCGCUGCCGGACCAGCUGCUCGGCAUGUGCCGCAAAGUCGAGCCCGCUGCCAAAAAAUCGUAACGCCCUCAAACACUGAAUAAAAUUGAUUCUCUAUCAAUGCAUAGCGUUUGUGCUCGAACAAUCUGAUGGCGGCACAUUAGUUGCAGUUGGCUGAACGAAUUGGCGCCGGGCACUCCAUAGAUUUUCAUAGUUCUCAUGUAGGAAAUCGCCUCAAUAUCGCUUAACUAUGAAAGUGUUGAAUAUGCUCUAAUAAUUUGUAGUUCAAAUUUAUAGAUUUUACUUUUCAAUUGAUAAAAAACA